CGCGUUUCUUAAGGGAAGCCAAUGGCGUCAAAAGGAAAGAGAACGGUGCGUGAAGCGAAGCGAGAGGCAGACGUGAACACAAGGCUCAUUCAUUCGUGCGCACUGUGGUGAUAUCUGUUGCUGCAGAUUCAGUCUGUUGAAGACGCAUUCGGCAUAUCGGAUGACGAGGGCGACGAGGAGGAGAUGCCCAGGGACGCCAAGAGGUCCAAGAACAUCGGAGAACAGACAGCCACAGCAAGUCAGGAACCGUCCAGGCGAAUCCUCCCAUCCCCGCUGCGUGCAUGUGUCUGUCUGUGUGGGUGCAGGUGGACCGAAGACGUACGGCAAACUGGGAGGUACCUUCAGGGUUCAAUGGCAAAGGUGAGUGAGAUCCAUUGGAGCUCUGUCUUCCUCUUCUUCUCAGCGGUGAAUACGAAUGUGUGACUGUCAGGCGGUCGCAGAUGUACUUCAGCGAGCAGCAGGACCAGCAGGUCAAAGGGCUGCAGGAAACCGCUGGACACUCGAGUGUCCUCAGCGACAACCUCCCUCAGGAGCCCUCUGAACCGACCAGCUCCCGUCCUCUCCCCAUGCCCGUCUCUGUGACCGGCCCACGGCGGAAAAAUGUCCCUCUCUGGCAGCAGUGGAACACAGUCGACAGCGGGGACGCUGAGGCGGCUCCUGACUCGGGCGCUGCACAAGAUAGCGGAGCGCCCAAGAAGUGGAGCAUCUGCUAUCUCUGUCAGCGGAAAUUCACCACAUCAGAGAUGCUGCGGAAGCACGAGGCGCUGUCUGAGUUGCACAAGAGGAACCUGGCUCUGAAGAAGAUCGACAGAGAGAGGAGGGAAGAGGAGCUGGCGGCGGCCGAGGUGACAGCCCAGCCCAACGGCCCUAACCCUUAUGCCAGGAUUCUCAACCAGGAGGGUGGGGCAUGACGCACAUGGAUGGCCGAGCGCCUGCAUUGCUAUCUUCGUCUGUGACUGACUGGUGUUCUUGCGUGACUGCCGCAUGAGUGGUAGAGUCGGCUGUCGGCUACAUUCCCCUCAUGAAUAAUGCUGUUGCGUGAGGGACCAUCUCUCUUCUUCUGAGUCGUAUCAGUGAAGCGUGCAUGUCCU